CACGCAAUUACUUUGACUAUAAUUUGGUUAUAUUUUUUUUCUUUUGUUUUCCUUCUUAUCGUCUGUUUUCGAGUUUGAAAGGAAGUUUUGAACUGUCAUGAAAGUUUGAUUAUAAACUGAUAAUCUUUAAAGGAACUCGAAGAAAAAUGGCAAAAUCUCCUGUACUUAUAGAGUUUUUUUACGAUAUUGUUUCACCAUAUUCUUUCCUUGCUUUUGAAGUUCUUCAACGUUACAAAACUUUAUGGAGUAUAGAGUUGAAAUUGAAACCAAUGCUUUUGGCUGGUGUUAUGAAGACUUCUGGCAAUAAACCACCUGCUGUUGUCCCUAGUAAAGGAAUUUAUAUGGCUAAAGAUUUAAAAAGACUUCAAAAAUAUUUCCAAGUACCUUUGUUCUUGCCAAGUAAUUUAAUGGAUAUAAUUUUCAAACAUGGAACUCUUAGUGUCAUGAGGUUUGUGACAGCUGUAGAUUGCGUAAGCCCAACAGACCUCGAAAACAUAACCCGAGCUUUGUGGCUUCGUUUGUAUAAAGAUCAUAAAGAUAUUCAAGAACUACAAAGCUUCAGAGAGGCUGGAAUUUCAAUUAAAAUGGAUCCUGCAGUUCUUGAAAAAGCUUUGAAUACCGUGAAUAGUUCUCUAGUAAAAGAUAGAUUAAAAGACUACACUGAUGAAGCCUUAAAUUACGGAGCAUUUGGAGCCCCCAUGAUUGUAGCCCAUGUAAAUGGUACACCGGAAGUAUUUUUUGGAAGUGAUAGAUUUGAACUUCUUGCUUCUGUAUUAGGGGAAAAAUGGCUUGGACCUGCUCCAGCUAGUGUAUCCUCUUCUAAGCUUUGAAACAAUUUUUGAAAUGAAUGAUAGUAAUACCAAAUAUUUACUAUUGUUAAAAGAUAAGGAUCUUUUAACCAUUAUUUUAAAUUUAAUCUUGUUAUUUACAUAUCAGUCCUUAUUGGAUUUAUAAAUGCAGCAUGUAAUUAUAAAGUGUAUGCAACAUGUAUUAUUAUUUUAAUAAUUUGAGUUUCAGUAGAUGAGAAGUUUUUUAAUUAAUAGGUAUUGUUGAAAAUUUAGUUCAAUGAAUCGUUGAUGCAUCAAUUUGUAUAUACUUCGUAUAUUUGUUAUUCACUUUGCUUGUAUAUGAUUACCCUAUGUAAAUAUUUUGAUAAGUAAAAUAUUUAUCUUUUUUGAUAA